AUGGAAGCAAUGGACGCUAUGACUAUGGAGGAAUUCCACGCCUGGGCUGCCGAGAUGGAUGAAUACAUCGCGAGCUUCGAAAACGGAAGUGCUUCCCAUCACGGCGCUGUGGCUCCCGGCGGCGAACAUGGACCAAGUGUCGCGCAGGAGUCAGAACUCAUUGCUGGUCCACAUGGAGGCCAUUCAGUGCAGGACUCUUACGAACCGCAAGAUUUCCCGCCCAACUUCGAUCCCUCUUUCGGCUGGUACUUCAACACCCCGUCCAACUCGCAGCCAAUUGCAAGCUCUUCAACAGCUCCGACGCCUGCGUUGCCCACCACUAUGAACUCCCCCUCCGCCUAUGGCGCUCCUGUUCCUGGAAAUGGGUCGCCUGCAAAGUACACGAGAAGUCAGCUUGUCGUCGAAAUGCCCCAGUACGUCCGCCCUCCUCGCGGCAUCACCAUCACCGCAGAGGAGAUUCUCACCUUCUGCCCGAGGUGGACUAUCUGCCCUGAGGUCGCCCGUCGCUUCCAAAGCAACGGUAUCACAAUCGGCAUGGCGGUGGACACGCAACUGAAGGCUAUCAAUCGUCUUGGCAACGUGAAUGAGAAGCAGAAAGCAAUCAAUCGGAUGAAACAAGAUUUCGCCCAGGGAGGUAGACUCUUCUUUAGCUGCCUCAAGUGGAAGAAGCAGAUCGCCAUCGAUCACGGCCAGGACGAUGAUCUGACCGCCAAUGAUUGGCACACUCGUGACGAGCAUGCCAUUGCGAACGGCAUCGGUCUUGAUGGUAAGGCACCCGGUCCGCAGAAGAGCCAGUGGGUGGACAUCCCGCUCUCAAGAUUCUUCACCAACGUGCCUUUAGCCAACUUUCCCACUGGCUGUGGCCGUGGUACCAUGACCGUUUGCCUCGAGGCAAUCCACCACUACCCAGCACACAUGCAAGAUAAGUUGACGACGGCAGACUGGGGCUGGAUAGUCGAGUCUAUCAAGCAGUCUGGCAAUGGCAUCGCUCUUGUGGCUGCACGACCCGGCCAGAAUCUUGAUCAGGACUUCGUGGAACGUUUCAAAGCCUCGAACUAG